CUCCUCCGCAGGACCCAGCGCUUUUAAAAAUCCUCCCACUCACGCUAGCGUACGGUGACGCGCUCGUCUCCAUCUUCGCGUUUGCGCCGCGGCCAUAAUCACCAACCCAAUCACAACACACAGUUAUCCUGUUCCGACGUGGAAAUAUUGCGCGACAGAAGGCCUGACAAGAAAACGGUGAUAUUUACGGAUCGCUUCGGCCUGGUUCUGUGUAGCGACGGCACCGGUUUCACUUUUCUGCGCCACGGCUCGGGAUCAGCCGAGCUACAAGUCUCCUUUGGAAAACACGGGGCCGUAUGCUGGUAUGCACAGAACACUUUGGAUUUAGCAUCAUCCCGACACGACCACUUGGACCUUGGAGUGUUUUCUUCCAAUGUCCCAGAGACAACAUGACCGCUCUCAAAGAACCAGACUGCUAAGUGUGGGCUUGACCUCGUCCACUCCCGUUCCAGCUCCCUGAAAGGCUUUCCUGCUUUCCCACCCAGACAUGAAGCAGGUGACGCUCUGGACGGCCUCCGAGGUUUCCGAUUGGCUGGCAGAAGAGUGCAUGCAGGAAUAUUCCGAUGCGUUGCGAAACACGGACGGGCCUGCUCUCCUAAGGCUCACAGAGGAAGACUUCAAAUCCCCGCCCCUGUCCCUGGUCACUGGAGAUAGUGGCCGACAACUAAUGGAACGUAUCGAGACUUUGCGCUUCACAAGCCACAUGAAGGGACACAAAAGAAACAACCUUGAGAACAGUCAACACGCGAACGGACACACAAUAGCUACACAUGCCAAUGGCAGUGUCGGUGAUGGCAAGAUCCUCAACGGCGGGCCUAAAAAUGGAUUCCUCUACGAACCGGUUCGCAUCUUGAUCCCGCUGCCCACCGAACAGGAACGCAUGCCGUUUCCCACAGAGUGGUUCAAAACGGGCGUGGCCUUCCUGUACGCCAUAUGCUGCUUUGUCACGACAACAGUCGUGAUCUCGGUGGUCCAUGAAAGAGUCCCGCCCAAAGAGGAGUCCCCACCCUUGCCCGAUAAGUUCUUUGAUCUGUUUGAUCGAGUGCAGUGGGCGUUUUCCAUCUGCGAGAUCAACGGCAUGCUGCUGGUGGGACUCUGGCUUGCACAGUGGUGUCUGCUCAAGCACAGGUCAAUCGUUGGCCGGCGGUUCUUUUUCAUCGUGGGCACUCUUUACCUGUACAGAUGCGUGACCAUGUAUGUUACGACGUUACCUGUGCCUGGGAUGCACUUUAAAUGCUCUCCCAAGCUCUUUGGUGACUGGGAGGCUCAGUCCCGACGGGUCUUAAAAAUGAUUGCAGGUGGUGGGCUGUCCAUCACAGGCUCUCACUCAUUGUGUGGAGAUUAUCUGUACAGUGGACACACAGUGAUGCUGACUCUAACGUACCUCUUUAUUAAAGAGUAUUCACCACGGAGGAUCUGGUGGUAUCACUGGAUCUGCUGGUGCCUGAGUGCGAUAGGGAUAUUCUGUAUCCUCUUGGCUCAUGACCACUACACGGUUGAUGUGGUUGUGGCCUACUUCAUGACCACACGUCUUUUCUGGUGGUACCAUACAAUGGCCAAUCAGCAGGCUUUAAAAGAGAAUUCUGCCGCCAACCUGUUUGCUCGUGUCUGGUGGUUCGGCCCAUUUCAGUACUUUGAGAGGAACGUGCGGGGCAUCGUGCCUCGAAACUACCAGCUGCCCUUUUUGUGGAGAACAUUGUCAAGUAUCCGGGUGAAGUACAACAGGCUGGACUCUCGUGAGUCGUGACCCUUGUCUCCUGAUUGGUUGGAGCUCUGUGAGAAACUUGAGAGGCAAGCUGCUCUUCCCAUCAACCCCUGCUAAACUGGUUGAGCACUGUGAUGCAUAUACACCUAUCGUUUUAUAGUAUUUGAAGAAAUUCAAUGUCCUUGGCAGGUAUGUAUUUGUAGAGCAGAGCAUCGAACAACUGGAUUUGAUUUGCUGCUCAUAGUAGUUAAAAAACACUGACAAUAUGAACUGUGUAAUCUGGCGUUUGUCUCAUAUAGAACGAAGCCUUCGUGCUGGUUCUCAGUGGACUCGAUCCUGCAGAAUAUGUAAUUUAUGUUUUGAUCACCUGCCAAAACUGUAUUGAUAUCCUGGAAUAUAUGGAAAGAGAUUUUCUUUUAAAGAAGCGUCUUUUUGUAAUAACUUUAUUAAUUCUGGUGCAAGAGAUUUUUCUAAAUAUUUCGCAGGUUUAUUUUCCAAAAAAGUGACAUCCAAAUAGAAUAUCUUUUCUAGAUUUAUAACUUUCUAAAUGUUUGGGUGCAUACAGCUUCAGAAUUUUCUAGUGCCUUUGUUUCAUAUGCUCAAACACGCAUGUAUAUCAGCAUACACGUACGACUGCACACAUUGAUCAACACUUACACAACGUGUUUUUACACACAAUGUCUGUCUGAGUGUGGAUGCUUUGCAGUAAACACUAAGUAAGACUGUAUUUUUGUCUAGAUGCUAUGAAUGUGACUGUUCAGUUCUGCAUGGCAUUCUACCACAAUCAUUCAAAUCAAAACACUUAUUGUUAUAAAGUGGUUAGAAAUCUGAAGAGUGGAAUAGAAAGACAAGGUAGAGAGAGAGACGAAAUAGUUAUUUAAUCCAGAUACAGUGCUUGUUUGUUAAAGAAUAUGAAUGUCAUUAGUGAUUUGUAAAUUUAAUUUGCUGUUCCACAAAUUUAAAUGAUCAACAUUGUUCUUCAUAGAGAGUAACAGCUAACAAAAUUUAUUUGGGUUUUGGGAACCACUCUAAUUUAAAAGAAACAGAGAAGGUUACUUACACAAACUGAAUGUUUACAAUAUGACCUUCCUUUUAAAGGCAUGCAUAGAAUACAUGAUUCAGCUGUGUGUUGAAGAGUUCGUCUAUAAUCUAAAAAAGGUAUGUUAUGCGUAGUAGACUCCUGUCCAUCUUCAUUCAUAAAAUAACUUAAGUUUCUACAUUUGUAAUGCCAUAGCAUUAGUAGUUUUUGUAGUGAACAAAGGGGCAGUCGUUCUUUAUCUAAAAGGUUUAGUUUAGACUGAAGGUUUUUCAUUCGUAUGAAGUGUGUCUGCCCACAAUGAUGCUAGCCAAAGGGAAGAUAAUCUCUUGAGAACCAAAUCAGAAACUGAUGGUACUCCCUGGUAUAUUUGACUGAAUGGUAGGUAUGUCAUGGGCAUGAAACUGCCUGCAGAAUGACUGAGUUUCUGUAGCGUGAAUGUACAAUCAGUGACUAUACAAUAAAACUGAAAAGAAAAUCAAAAGCACUUUAAAAUAACACCCAUCCACACAAAUCGUACUUUGAUAAAAGUAUGAGCUAAAGUAAACCUGCAUCUUCCCAACAAUAUAAAAUUACAUCCUGGUUUGAGCGCACAAGUUUCACCACAUAAUGUAAUAGAUCAAUGAUGGGUUUUAUACUGGUUUUAUGAAGCUGACAGGUUGAUCAGACCUUUGAAUGUGCAACAAUAUACAGCUGCUUUACCAGGGUGAACAUGCACAUACUGCUUAGUAUUAAUAUGAUCUACUACAGUAUGCUACGGAGUUGUUUUGUUUUGUUUAAAAAAAGUGUUGGUUUACUUAAUUGGGAAGUCCAGAUUGUUCAGCGGUUAAUUUAACUUUGUAUCACAUCGCCAAAUGUUCAGUAAUGGAUUCAGAGAAGCGAAUCGAUUGUUUGCUAAUUUUGUCUUUGAUAUAAUGGUAAAUACAUGCAUGUUGUUGUUUUUGUUGUUGUUUUGUUUCCUUUCAUUGUCAAUUAAAAAUCCAGCAUUGUCAAAUCAAUUCAUUCUUGUCUGAUGUAAAUCAGGUUGUAUGUGCUAAACAAUCUUUUAAUAUGAGAAGUGGAGCGGGGGCGGAGGUUAAAUAAAACUCUUCAUAUUCUGUCA